AUGGAAAACGAAACAAUCGAAACAUUUUUAGAAAGAUUGGAUCUGAAAGAUGACAUCAAAAAAUUCAAACGAGAAGAUAUUGAUAUGGAGACGAUGAGUUUUAUAACAGAAAGCCACUUGGUGGAAAUGGGCCUUUCCUUGUGGAAACGAAGGAAAAUCUUAAAUGCAAUAAAAUUAAGAGCAAAAGAAAACGUAGAAGAGAUCAGACUAGUACUGAUAGGAAAAACAGGCAAUGGAAAAAGCGCCACUGGAAACACAAUUCUCGGAGAGAAGUUGUUUGAAUCAGGUGUCUCUGGAUCAUCCAUUACGAGCAAAUGUUCAAAAAGAUUCGCUUUUCGAUUUGGGAAGAAAAUUAUUAUUGUAGAUACUCCAGGUAUUUUCGAUACUAAAAUAUCAAACGAAAAAGCCCAGGAGGAAAUUUUUAAAUGUUUAAGCAUCAUAUCACCGGGUCCUCAUGCUUUCAUUUUGGUUCUUAGUAUUACUAGAUACACAGAGGAAGAACACAAUUCAGUCAUGCACUUUGUGAAACAUUUUGGGGAUGAAUUCUAUAAAUAUUGCAUUGUUUUGUUCACCCGAAAAGAUGAUCUAGAUGAACACGGAAAGACAUUAUCGCAACAUAUUCAAUCUCUUCCCAGGGAACUAAAAUCAUUUAUCGAAAAGUGUAGUGGAAGAGCUAUAGCUUUCAAUAAUAAACUGAAAGGGGAGGAAAUGAAUUUGCAAGUUGACCGCCUAUUGUCAAUUAUUUUAAGAAUCAGACGAGUGAAUGGGAAUAAAUGGUACUCAUAUUCAACGCGAUGA